CACUGGCCGCAACAGCUGUUUUCUGCCGGUCGUUUUAUAAUCACCCAAUUGCCCUUUUCGCUUUAUUUUUACCUGCUUUCAACAAUAAAAUGUCAAUGUUAAUAAAAGGAGCGUCUCAAUGGGCUCGACAGCUAACCCGGCCACUGGUUGCAUCACGCAAUUUCGCCGCGGCGGCGCCUUAUGGCGAUGGAAGUGAAGUUCUCGUGGAGCGUUUGGAUGGACCUCGGCAGGGGAUCUCAGUUAUUGGCCUAAACAGACCAGCAGCAAAGAAUUCCUUCAGCCGGGGAAUGGUGGAGACCUUCAACGAUGUCCUGGAAGAUAUCAAGAAGGAUAAUGGAUCGAGGGUGGUUGUAUUGAGAAGUCUUAGUCCAGGAAUCUUUUGUGCCGGAGCGGACUUGAAAGAGCGCAAAGGCAUGAGUCCCGAGGAAGCCACAGAAUUUGUUAAAGAGCUCAGGGGCCUGCUCAUUGCCAUUGAGCAGCUGCCAAUGCCCGUAAUCGCCGCUGUGGAUGGAGCUGCUCUUGGUGGAGGUCUGGAAAUGGCUCUGGCCUGUGAUAUUCGCACUGCUGCUAGCGACACGAAGAUGGGUCUGGUGGAGACAAGGUUAGCCAUCAUACCAGGAGCCGGUGGCACCCAACGACUGCCCCGCAUUCUGUCCCCUGCUCUAGCGAAAGAACUCAUCUUCACGGCCCGAGUGUUCAAUGGAGCAGAGGCGAAAGAUCUGGGUUUGGUCAACCAUGUGGUGGAACAGAACGAAUCCAAAGACGCCGCCUAUCAGCAGGCACUUAAAUUGGCAGAGGAAAUCCUGCCCAACGGGCCAGUGGGCGUGCGAAUGGCCAAACUAGCGAUUGACAAAGGCAUGCAAGUGGACCUCGCCACUGGGUACUCCAUCGAAGAGAUCUGCUACUCGCAGGUGAUACCCACUAAGGAUCGUCUGGAAGGACUCGCCGCUUUCGCCGAGAAGCGGAAGCCCGUAUACAAGGGAGAGUAAAUAGAUAGCAAGCCACUCCCCUAACAUUAAGCUGAAAAUUGCAUUUAUAAUUUAACCUUAUAAUGUUAACCUGUUGUAGAAACACUGAAGCGGCAAAGCCCAGUUGAAUUGUUUUUAUAAAAAGCGUUCGAUCCUAUCGAGCUGCCAAAUAACUUUAAUUACGCUAAUUGUAGCUAAACAAAAUUUUAAUACAUGCGAUGACGCAUCUCUAUUUAAGCAUGGGAAUACUAAUUACGGCCAUUAAAUACGACCGAUCGACAUACA